AGUUACUAGCGUAAUGACAUUCCUGUUGACACUGUAAAUCAAAACGUAAAAUAGAAAAUACCUCAUCGGUCACAAAUGGAGUGCUUUUUAAAGUGUUACUUUGAACAAUUCACCAAUCUACCUAGGAAUAGCUUACAUGAUAGAAGAAAGCGAAAAGCUAUGGUACAGUAUAUAAGCACACUAAUACAGGGUUGUUCUGCAGUGGAACCUACUGUAGAAGAGUCUUCGAGGAUAGCAAUAAAAACCAUACUAAAUUACCAUGAUGAAAUGAGAGACCAAAAUGGCACUGUAUGUCUGAUGGGCAAAAAUCACAACAUCCUCUAUGUAGCGAUGAAGCUAUGUUUCGAUUGGCAAGUCCAAGAUCUAGCCAUUGUCAGUUUACUUUUGGAACAAAUCUACCUCUGCGAAAAGACAUUCGAACGUAUACUGAUAGGCGCCAUAUUUGGGAACAAAGCACCUCACUAUAUCGCUGGAUGGAAAAGUGACUUUGAGACUGAAGAGGAGAACGUCAGAGCUGUGGUGUAUUUUCUUGAUAAGGCCACCAAUGCCGCUUUAGAAUUACCGUUUACAGUUGCGAAUGAAGAAAGACUUUUUCGAUUCGUGGAUGUUCCUAUAGAAAGUUGUGGGAGAGCGUCGCCUUUGAAGAUUUGCGUCCAAUUAGGCAUACCAGACAAGCUCCACAUCUUUCUCCGUUUCGGAGCUAGGCUUUACACAGAAAACGAAGAGUUCAAUGUGUUUGAACACAUCCUAAACCGCCUUUCAGAAUUCAACCACAAAUACCCCUACAACCUCAUCGCAUGUCUACAACUGCUCCUUAGAGCAGCUCCAUGGAUAAAAAUCAAACCGAAAGAUUUCACAGAAGAAGAAGAAAAGAUAUUAUACGAAAGGCUUUUGGAAAAAUAUGCAGACUUGGUGGAUGACGGAAUUGUGCCUUUGUCAAGAUGUGGCUUGACGCCUCCAGAGUUGAAGCAUCUUUGCAGAUGUGUGAUCAGGGAGAAAUUGUGGGAGAAUUACCAGUUGCCGAGUGGAAUAAGAAGUUUACCUGUUCCUGAGCAGAUGUGGAAGUAUUUGGAUCUUCUAGAAGAUUGAAACUAUGUUGUAAUUCAUUUUUAUCAUAACCAAAAAAUUGGAGAUAUUAAUUCUCGAACAGACCAAAAAAUAUAAUGCCAGAAGUUCCUACAAACAUCUUGUGUGCUCCCCUACAGAGACAAAGACCCCGAAAGUACCCCAUUGAAAAUUUUCUCGAACAAGUUUUGAACGAACAAAAAACAAACACUAACGAAUUUGGACUUCCAGGGACCGACUAUUCUUUGAAACUAGCAGUAUUGCCUAUUUUGUUUACAGAAUAAUACUUCGAUGAAAUAAGUCGUUUGUAAGAAGAACAGCCUGGUUUCAAGACUGGUCCUAUCGGUUUACACUGCGACUGAUCCUCAAAGGAAGAAUCGCCAAAAGCAUAAAUCUUGACGAAGUAAAUUGUUCUUGUGUCCAGUGUGUUUUUGGUUCAGUGAUUCAGGAUCUAUUAUUAAAAAUACCGUUAUUUUCAAAAUGGAGGAAGUCACAUACUGGCUCCAGUACUAAGAUUGAUAGACCUGGACUGAAACCAGAGUGUUUUCCUCAAAAAAGGUUAAGCUAACUGAUGUUAUACAAGAGUACAUUUUAUUAAAUAUCAGGCUUUUCCAAAAUAUAAUCGCUAAUUAUUAUACACUGAGAAAAAAAUUAAUAAUCGAACAAAAUGUUCAAUUAGGCCAAUUAAAAAUUAUACAAACAAACAAUUAUACUUAUUAAAUUUGUUUAAUUGGUUUAGGCAAAAGUGUUUGCCUUAUUUUAG